AUGGGCGGCGGUAUGGCCGGCCCAGGGCCGGGCAUGGGUGGUAUGGGCGGCAUGGGUGGCAUGGGACCCGGCAUGGGGCCGAUGGGCGGCAAGGGCAUUGGCCCAAUGGGCGGCCCCGGCCGGACUGGCGAAAUCCAAGCUUUACUCGGGACAACCUAUGGCCUAUGGUAUGGUAAGAAGUACAAGGGCAAUACUGGAGACCGGCCACCAUGA